CUUUCCUGGCCGCCCCAUUGCUCGCUUCGUACAGCUCGGUGCUCGCAGCGCCCGGCCCGACCUCGCCCCCGCCUCACCCACAGACAUGUCCGAGGCCAAGAGCGGCCCCGAGUACGCUUCCUUUUUCGCGGUCAUGGGCGCCUCGGCCGCCAUGGUCUUCAGCGCCCUGGGUGCCGCCUAUGGCACAGCCAAGAGUGGCACCGGCAUCGCAGCCAUGUCUGUCAUGCGGCCGGAGCUGAUCAUGAAGUCCAUCCUCCCGGUGGUCAUGGCCGGUAUCAUCGCAAUCUAUGGCCUGGUGGUGGCAGUCCUCAUUGCCAACUCCCUGAAUGAUGACAUCAGUCUCUACAGGAGUUUCCUUCAACUGGGCGCUGGCCUGAGCGUGGGCCUGAGUGGGCUGGCAGCUGGCUUUGCCAUCGGCAUCGUGGGGGACGCUGGCGUGCGGGGCACUGCCCAGCAGCCCCGGCUAUUCGUGGGCAUGAUCCUGAUCCUCAUCUUCGCCGAGGUGCUCGGCCUCUACGGUCUCAUCGUCGCCCUCAUCCUCUCCACAAAGUAGCCCCUCUGGGCCCACCAGCCACAGAAUAUGAUGUAAAGACCACCCCCUCCUCAUUCCAGAACGAACAGCCUGACACACACACACGGGGCAGCUGCCUGCCAGUAGUUGGUCUUAUAAAUGCGCAGUGUCCUAGUGCCCAUCGUCUGUUGCCCCCAGCCUUGCCCCUGUCCGCCCCGUGCCGUGGACAUCUGGGCCCACCACUCCCGGUCCAGGCCCCUGACCAGUGAGGAUGCAGGCCUCUGGCCGCCCCCACCCAUCUGCCCUAGAGUGCUCUGUGUAUAAGGAUGAAUUAGAGUUGUCAUUUUCUCUUCACUGGAUGUUUAUUUAUAAAGAUUUGACCUGUUCAUACGUC